CGGUGUCGGCGCGAGCCGCCGCGGCUGCAGGAGCAGCAGCAUGGCCCAGUCUGUCGUAGUGCAAGUCGGCCAGUGCGGGAACCAGAUUGGCCGCUGCUUCUGGGAUCUGGCCCUGAGGGAGCAUGCAGCUAUCAACAAGAAAGGAAUUUAUGAUGACUCACUGAAGAACUUCUUUAGAAAUGUGGAUACUAGAAGAAAUGGUGAUGGUGUAGAUAUUUCCAAAGGAAAAAUUCGCUCACUAAAAGCACGAGCGGUCUUGAUUGAUAUGGAGGAAGGAGUAGUGAAUGAAAUCCUUCAGGGACCAUUGAAAGAUAUAUUUGAUAGCAAGCAACUCAUCACAAAUGUUUCUGGCUCAGGGAAUAAUUGGUCAGUGGGUUACAAAGUUUUUGGCUCUCAGUACCGGGAUCAGAUUGUGGAGAAACUCAGACAGACAGCAGAGCACUGUGACUGUUUGCAGUGUUUCUUCAUAAUUCACUCCAUGGGAGGAGGGACAGGUUCUGGUCUUGGCACAUUUAUUUUAAAUGUGCUUGAGGAUGAAUUUCCAGAAGUAUACAGAUUUGUGACUUCAGUUUUUCCAUCUGGUGAGGAUGAUGUCAUUACUUCACCAUAUAAUAGUGUUUUGGCAAUGAAGGAACUUAAUGAGCAUGCGGACUGUGUGUUGCCCAUCGAAAAUGAAUCUUUAUUUGACAUCGUUAGUAGAAUUAAUCAGAUGGUAACAUCUGGAAAGCCAGGAACAACUGUGAAGCCAGAGAGUCUGAUAACUUUAAAUGAAGGUGGUAUUAAAAAAAAGCUGCAAGAAAAGCCAUUUGAUACAAUGAAUAAUAUUGUAGGAAAUUUGCUGCUCAACUUAACAAGUUCUGCCAGAUUUGAAGGUUCGCUUAAUAUGGAUCUUAAUGAAAUUACUAUGAAUUUAGUUCCCUUUCCUCAACUUCAUUAUCUUGUUUCAAGUCUCACACCUUUGUAUACAUUGGCAGACGUAAACGUUCCUCCUCGAAGGUUAGAUCAAAUGUUUUCAGAUGCUUUUAGCAAAGACCACCAGCUCAUUCAGGCUGACCCAAAACAUAGUCUCUACCUUGCUUGUGCCUUGUUGGUUCGAGGAAAUGUACAGAUUUCAGAUCUUCGAAGAAAUAUUGAAAGAUUGAAAUCUGCUCUCCACUUUGUCUCAUGGAAUCAAGAAGGCUGGAAAACAAGUCUGUGUUCAGUACCACCUGUGGGCCAUUCUCACUCACUCUUGGCACUAGCAAACAACACCUGUAUAAAACCAACUUUCAUAGAACUUAAAAAGAGAUUCACAAGACUCUACAAGAAAAAGGCUCAUCUUCAUCACUACCUACAGGUUGAUGGAAUGGAGGAAAGUUGUUUUACAGAAGCCGUAUCAUCUUUGUCAUCUCUCAUAGAGAGCUAUAAUGAAUUAGAUGUCACAAAAGGCUUGCCUAUACAUGAUCCACUUAGACUAAAUAUAGUUAUAUGAAAACACAUUCACAAGCUUUUAUUUUCCAUUAGGAAUUUUUUGGUUUCCUGAUGGUCUACUUUUUAGUUUGUGUUCCAUCACUCAGAAAAUCUUGCUUGAUUUUAUCACUCAAGAAAUCUUCGUUGAUUUUUUUCAAAGUAGCAGGCAUCAUUACUGUCUAGGAGAAAAGUUUCCUUUAAGACAGUUUGAUGGAGAUACGCCGUACUGCAUUUGGAAUCAGUGCAACCUUUGAACCAUAUCUACAACCAUUCUGCCUUUACAAGAACCAUAUUUUUUUAGGAUUUAUGAGAAGUAUGAAAUCUAUUUGCCUUUUUAUAACUUGAUAUUCAGGAGUUGUACACUAAUGAAAAGACUGAUGUAAGUAUAUUUUUUGUGUAUGUAACAUUCAGAUUUAUUUUGAAACACUGUAUAGGUACUCCAGUUCUUUUUAAAACUGAUCUGAUAUACUGGGAGUGGUUUAAUAAAAAUAUAAGUAGAUAGUGACUUUAUUGUAGUAAUUGGAGAUGAAAUCAACUUUUGAUUUUUCAUUCAAAAUAAUUCAAAAUUAUUUUAAAAUGUGAUUUUAUUAUACAACCAGAUUGAUUUCAUAGCGGUAAAUGUGCCUUAUUUAUAAAAUGUAUUAUUUAUAAUUACUUUGCACAAUAAAAUCUACACAAAAGUACAGAACU